AUGAAGGUUACAGACGUCCAGGCCGCCCUCGCGUCGGCGGUUGUGCUUCUCUCUCUGCCCGCCGGCUCAGUCGCCUCGUCGCACAAGAGGUUUCACCAGCUUCCCAACAAGAAGCACACUCACCUGCGCUCACACACUGUCGAGAGCUCCAACUCCAUUGUCAAGCGAGGAACAUGCGCGUUCCCGACGGACGAUCCCAACCUGGUUGCUGUCACGCCCGAUGCUGAGAAUGCGGGUUGGGCUAUGAGCCCUGAUCAGCCUUGCAAGCCGGGCCACUACUGCCCGAUUGCCUGCAAGCCCGGUAUGGUGAUGGCGCAAUGGAGUCCCGACUCUUCAUACUCUUACCCGUCUUCCAUGGACGGAGGAUUGUACUGCGAUGAGGACGGCGAGGUCCACAAGCCAUUUCCUAACAAGCCCUACUGUGUUGAAGGCACCGGCGCUGUCGUAGCUGUCAACAACUGUGGUGACCCAAUGUCGUGGUGCCAGACAGUGCUGCCUGGUAACGAGGCAAUGCUCAUCCCGACUCUUGUCACAGACCAGGCCACGAUUGCUGUACCGGACACCAGCUACUGGUGUGAAACAGCAGCUCACUACUACAUCAACCCUCCUGGAAGCUCCGUCGCCGAUUGUGUUUGGGGUGUCUCAACUAAGCCCGUCGGCAACUGGGCCCCCUAUGUUGCCGGCGCCAACACCGAUGGCAACGGCAACACAUUCGUCAAGCUGGGCUGGAACCCCAUCUGGGAGGAUUCCGCUCUGAAGAGCACCCUUCCCACAUUUGGUGUCAAAAUCGAGUGCCCCGACGGUGGCUGCAACGGCUUGCCCUGCGAGAUCUCGCCCAACUCUAGCGGGAGCGUCGAUAGCAACGAGUCGUCGGUUGGCGCUGGCAAUGCUGCCUUCUGCGUUGUCACGGUUCCCAAGGGCGGUGUUGCCAACAUUGUCGCGUACAACGUGGAUGGCAGCUCUGGCUCUGGCAGCUCUGACUCCGACUCCGACUCCGGAUCUUCCUCGUCAGCCCUGCCCAGCUCCACUGCCCACGGACUCAAGGCCGGUGGCUUUGCUGCCCAGGUCGAGAAGGCUACUUCGACCACGACCACGGCCGCGCCAUCAUCUACCGUGGUGUCCACUACUGCCGCUGCUUCUACGACGGAAGUCACGUCGACCACUGUUGCUGCUUCAACCACUACCUCCGCUGAGUCAACAACCGCCGAGACAACCGAGGCUUCGACAGCGGCCACUACCAAGACUGCCCACUCCACCACCAGCGGCAAGGCUUCAUCAACGGCUCUGAACCGCGCUCACCCGUCCGUGAACCCCGGCAUGUUCCAUGAGAACGGCACGACGCCUCACCAGACCACCGCAGCCCCCUCGGGGCCCACUGCCACCCAGGCCGAUUCUGCCCCCGUCACCACGACUACGAAGAAGGGUGAGGCUGGUCGCCAACAAGGCAGCACCGCCUUUGCCGGCCUUAUUGUUGCCUUUGUUGCUGCAGCUUGUUUCCUUUGA